GUCUUUCCCUUUGCAAGUCCGGUCUUCUUGUCCCUCGUUGCUGCCCGUCCGUACUUACGAAUUGGUCUCCUGCUUAGAAAUGGCUGAAGCUCCCCCACGGCCCUGCCGGUUUUUUUGUCACCGGUGUUCAGCAGAGAUUAGCCCACGUUUACCGGACUACACCUGUCCACGCUGUGAAUCUGGUUUCAUUGAGGAAUUGCCUGAGGAAAGAAGUACUGAAAAUGGGUCCGCAUCCACAUCCUCCUCCACUGAUCAGAACCGCUCAGCCUUUGAGAAUAUGGAUCACCAACACUUAUUCACAUUUCCCUCUGGGUAUGGUCCGUUUGCACUUGGGAUUUUUGAUGAAAACUUUGACCUGCGAACACGGCUACCCACAGAGGACAACCGAGAGACAGAAAACAGGAGAGAACGGGAAAUGGCAUCACGGCAACGAUACAGUGCACGGCAACCACGGGGUCGACAUGUUCCUCGAAGACAGGGUACGCGCCAUGAAGGAGUGCCCACAUUAGAAGGAAUUAUCCAGCAGCUAGUAAAUGGAAUCAUAGCACCUACAGCCAUGCCAAACAUUGGAAUGGGACCAUGGGGCAUGUUACAUUCGAAUCCAAUGGACUACGCCUGGGGCGCCAAUGGACUUGAUGCUAUCAUUACACAGUUAUUGAACCAGUUUGAAAACACUGGUCCUCCGCCUGCAGACAGAGAAAGAAUAAAGAGUUUACCCACCAUCUCUAUUACAGAGGAACAUGUGGGUGCUGGUUUAGAGUGUCCUGUGUGCAAAGAAGACUACAGCGUUGAGGAGAGUGUCAGACAACUGCCAUGCAAUCACUUGUUUCACAAUGACUGUAUAGUACCAUGGCUGGAACAGCAUGAUACGUGUCCUGUGUGCAGGAAGAGUCUUAGUGGACAGAAUACAGCCACAGACCCACCGGGGUUAUCAGGAAUGAACUUCUCUCCCUCCUCCUCCUCCUCUUCCUCCCCGAGCUCACCUAGCAAUGAGAAUGCCGCCAGCAACUCAUAGAUUUUCAACCGUCACCACCACCUCACAUCUGAAAACCUCACGCCCAGCUGAGACCCAACAAGUCUUCUCUACAGCUGAGACCAGGACAGUUGUCUAUCUCAAUUCUAGGGGACGAUAUGAGUCGAGGUGAACUCUGAAUGUGUUGCAGACUAUUAGUCACCCACCCCCGCUCCCACCCCCCCACCCCCUGUGCUGAAUGGAUGCUGGGUCCAGCUCCUGCUGCUAUUGUUAUCAAGUGUUUGAGGAGGUGGGACUUUGCAGUGUUUAUGGAGGAUCCAGAGAGGCUGUGAAUAAUGAUAACAAUAAUAAUAAUAAUCAAGUGGGAUUGUGACCAGAACUGGGGCAGAGUUUGAACCAGAGUGGACUGCUUUUUGAUGGAGACAUGUCUUUGCCACAAGGCUGGGACACAUUUUAUAUUUAAAAGAAAAAAUGUUCUUUUUUUUUUUUUUUUAAAACAUUGCCUGUGGUGGUGCAGAGUCCAUAGAUGUGUAGAUAGAUAAUUCAUUUUGAACUGUCAGCCACUGUACAGCUAAUGGAUCAAACUAAAACCUUGUGGAAAGGAAACUGAGUGUAUGCAUCUGGUUUUUAUUUAUUUGCACCUUUGUUUUCUUUAUUUUGCACAAAAUUCUGUCUGAUGUUGAGAAUGUGAAUUUGGGUAAACUACUGAACAAAAAAACAUGUUUUUUUUGUUUUGUUUUUUUUGCAUUGGAUAAGUCUUUUUGGACUUGUUUUUGUUUUUAUUAGAGCUUGAUCCAGUGUAUUUAGUGUAUCUUGACAAGGUAAAGAUCCUCACAGCUCAACAGUGGACACAUUUUUAUUCCUCAAGUGAAAAAUUUCACAAACAUACUUAUUUAUUGAACCCUUGCCCAAGACACAAAUUGGGCAAUGUAAAAGAAAAAAGAGUUAAAAAAAAAAAAAAGGCAUGGGAUCAUCUUACCUCUGGCCAAAUGUGUUUCACAAAACAAGUGUUUAUUAUUUUAUUUACUGAUUUUUCGUACAGUCACAAUAAAGUGCUAAAACAAACAAAUUUUAAAGUUUCUGCUCAUAAUGUGCAGUUUCAAAAAUGUCAUCCUACUGGUAUGGCUUAAUUUUACACACUUGAUGAGAAAAUGCUAUUGAUCAAACCCCAACUGUUUUUAUCAAGAGACAAACCACAGUUUUACCAUUGACUUGCCAAGGAGGGAGAACGGACAUGUACAUUUGUACUUUAAUGUCAGUUGAUCAUUUACAUGUUAACCUUAUUAUUUUGUUUUUUGACAAAUUGACCCUGUGAUAUUUGAAAAAGUUUAAUGAAAGGUAGCCCUGUCAUAACCCAGCCUCUUGUUUGCCGCAGUGGCACCUCUGCUAGUUCCCAAAUGACUUUAUGCCUGUAAAACUACAGGAAGUAUUCAUGUCUUAUUGUUUUAUAAACAUUGAAUCGAACAGAA